AAGAAAUCAGGAGCAGGAGAAGCCUCUUUGCAGUGGGCUGGAAGAGGAGUCACCAUUAGAGGCCAAGAGGAGCAGGCUGUUUGGAGAGGACGGCGUGAAGCCACCAGAGCAAGUCCUCCAACGUGGGGAUGGGAUGUGGGCGGCCAGAGAAGAAGAGCCGAGGUCCAGGUCCAGGCACAGAAGGAGGUCCUGACGCAGAGCAGCGAUGUGUUGUUGGGAGCGCUGGGGGAAAUAAGGAGAGCCGCCGAGCAGCUGGGACUGCAGGAGCCCACGCUGCCCGCUGUGCAGCACAGGUCCCGCGUCUUGACACAGUUGGAAAGUCGUCUCGCUGGUCUCCUGGAGGAGCUGCACGUCACACAAGCUGCAUCAGCAUCAGGAGCCCAUGAUGGGAGUGAGUCCAGGGAGGUGGAGCAGCUCUGGGAGGAGACAACGAAAGCUGUAUCAGAACGGUUGGAGCAGUGUUGCAUCUUAACAGAGCUGCUGAAGAGGUUUCAGAGCGUUCGUGGGGACACGAGCGGCGCGUUGCACAGAGCAGAACGCUCUAUCGGUCAGCAGGCCUCGUACAUGAGCAGAGACAACCUGCAGAGGACGCGUUCUAAGGUUGAGGGGACAAAACGCCAGUUGAGUGGCCUCAUGGAACACAUGGAGGAGGUGAGGAGUGUCUGCAGGCAGCUUGACUCCCACCUGCGUCACUUCCCAGAAUGCACCAUCGUCCCCUUUGAGAGCGAAGCCGAUGGUCUCAUGGACCAGUGGCUGGAUAUAUCAGAAAGAACCGACUCCCACCUUGACAACCUGCACGUUGCCUUGAGUCUCUGGGACGGACUUCUGCUUUUGGGGGCAGAUGUUGAGAGCUGGACCACAAACAAACUAGCGGCGUUUGCUGAGUGUCCGUCCUUUCAGACGGAGAAUGACAUUCACGCGUUGCAGAAUGAACUCGUGGAACAGGAGGAGAGUACAGCGUUUCACCGAAAGGCCACAGAGAUCCAGUCUCUCCUUCAGCUCACGGAGCUUCCGUUUCAUGUUAGAUUAUGGGGGACCCAGAUAAAGAAGAAGGUAGCCGAGCUGAAGGAAGUGGUUUCUUCUGAGGCUGAGGACGUUUACAGGCAGACGGUGGCUGCCAGGGGACACCUUUGUAUGAGGCUGGAAAACUGCUUGGACUGCCUCCAGAACAUACAGGACUCCCUCCUCACUGUCAGUGGCUCAGAUGGUGCAACUGUUCUGACAAAACUCAAGGAGCAGUGUUUCCUGCUCCGGGCCCAGGAGGAGCAGGCGCAGAGUUUGCUGGACGAUCUCCAGGUUUUGGCCUCUCUAGCAAGUGCAGACAGCCUACAGAGUCUUUUUGGAAGCGGCGUCCGGUUGCAGGAGAAAGUGAGGAGCACCCGUCAGCUGUUCUCCGAUGUGCAAGGACGAGCAGAGAGGAGCAUCCAGGACCUCCGCAGGCUUCAAAGGGAGAAGGAGCAGUGGCUGCAAACGGCUGAGGGAAAAUCAGAAGAGCUCAAUCUCCUGCAAGAGGAAGCACUUCAGCAAAGCGUGAGGACCGAGCUCAUCCAGCAGCUGGUUUCAUCCUUACAGACGAGCUCGCUCCAGGAGGCCACACCUGUGGAAGAGAGUCGGCAGCUGCUGGAACGGCACCACGGCCUCGGCGCUGAGCUUCUGCCUGACUCCAGAGACAGACACACCUCUGGAAGGAGGGAUGUUGAGAGGAUUCAGCCUUGUAGUCCUGUUGAACAGAGGCUUCACCACACUCAGGCAGCAGUAGGUGCAAGAGCAGAGGGACAGACUCGAACUGAAGAGCCCAGCGAUACUGGAAAUGAUGUGAUCCGAGGAUUGUGUGAUGAAGAUGCCCUGAAACAGGAGAUCCAGAGAAGCGUUCAGACCACAGAGCAGCUGUGGGAGGACCUUCUGCAGACAGCUCCACCUUAUUACAGGGUUCCUCACCCCGAUCCAGAGUUCACCUCCUCCUACCGAGGCCAUCGACAGGAGGUCCCCCACGCAGCGGAGGAGUUGAAGUGCCAAAUUGCUGAGCUUCCCGCAUUAUUCCCCCGGCCUGGCAGAGCAGAGCGCGGACAAGCCUACAAUGGAGCCUGUCAGCUGUGCAAUGAAGCCGAAUCCCUGCAGUUAGCUCUUAUCAGCCCGGCUCAACGAACGAGGCAGCUGGCUGAGGAGACCGAUGGCGCCAUGUGGAAAGAUGCGACCUGGGCUCAGGUGGAAGACGACUGGUCAGGCAUGAUGGCAGAACUGAAGGGUGUGUGUUCCCGCCUGGAGGAAGGUGUGAGUAAUGAGGGAUGUUUUGGCCAGCUACCACAGGACUGCCACCAUAAAUUGACAACCCUGCAGGAGAGGAUGUCAGCUUGUCAAGGCCAGAAAGAAGCCUCAGCGGGCUGCUCACUGCUUCACCGGCUCGUCAGUGAUGCCAGGCUGAUGGAACUGGCUGCACGGGUUGAACACUUGCAGAGGUCUGGAGGGAUGAGCAUCACACAGCAAAUGAUUCCUGCAGAUGUCGACUCCGUUUCAGAAGACCUUAGCAGCCUCAGGACCAUUCUUGUACAAAGGAAGCAGGAGUGCAGUGAAACCACUGCUAAGUGGAUGAGACAGGUCAUUGUUCAGCUGCAUCAGUGGAGCCAAACGGUCCAAAGUGAAGCAUCAGCACCCAGCCAGGUGGUUCUGGAUGAAGGCGAGUUCUGUCAACAAUGUCUCCAUGAAGUGCUGUCAGAAAAAGAGGUUCUUCUGAGCUGUUUGGGAACAGAAGCCUCAAAGAAACUAGAGAAAUGUGCUUCAGAUGCUCUGAGUGAAAGCACAUCUGCUCUUAACACCCGUCUAAACGGACAGAGGCCUCAACGCAUCGAUUUGAAAUGGAACCUGACGUCUUCUCCUGAGCUAGAGAUUCGAUUGGUGCGUGCUGUCCAACAGGUUCUGGCUUGUCGAUACCAACCAGCACAGCUUGACAUCCUGGCUGUGGCCAAGCAGCUGGCGGAGGCGGAGCACGGAGCUGCACUGCGCUCUGGGACUGAUCUGCUCCUGAACCCUUUUUACUGCAGGAGUUUCAGCGUCCGUGUGCAGGAGCGAGUAGCUGCUGUGAGGAGCUGGACGGCUGCCAGGGUCUGCGACUCAAACGUCCUGCGAGGAGCUGAGGAGCAGUGGAGCGCGGCGCUGCAGGCUGCGGCGGCCGCAGUGCAGGUCAAGGCAGCGCAGCUGCAGCAGGUCAAACAGUAUCACAAACAGAUGAAGAUGGCGAGAGCCUUCCUGGAGGUUGUAGCAGCUGAGACGCACAAGAUGAGCCUAGAUGCUCUGGGAAGCAGCGCUGUUCAAGCCGACAAACUAUGUGCCCUGAUGCAAACCAUGAACCAGAAGAAAAGCAUGAUGGAGGAGCUCCUUCAUCGCAGCCGCCGGCUGUCGGUCCACUUGAGCGGCGCCGAGCGCGGAGGCGCUCUGCUCGCCGGGCUCGCAGACGUCCAGGAGCGGUGGAGGCUUAUAGACGGAGGCAUCAGACGGCCCCUGCAGCGCGCGUCAAACGCCGCCUCUCAGGUCUCCGUGCUGAUGAGAGACGUCGACCAGCUGAAAGCCAAGCUUGAAGCGCUCCAGAAGUCCAGUAGCAAAGCGGCGGAAAGCAAAAGCGAUUUAGAGUUAGUUUGUCUGAGCACAGACUUGAAGCUCUACAACCAGAUCUAUCUGCAGUUGAAAAGCCCAGUUGGAGCUCUCGUCCACUUCUCUCUAGGUCAGAAAGAACAGGAUGAGAUCCAGCAGGAGUUUUCAGGAACUGGGCUCCUUGCUGAACGUCACCAGGGAAAUGCUGGGCACCUCUGGUGUCCCUGUGCAAGCAACAAGCAGCUACGAGACCUGGUCAUUUGGGCCAAGCAAGCAGAGAAUCACAUCUCCAUCGGCCGAAGGCUGGCGCUGUUCCCUGAAGACGCUCGUCUUCAGAUUGCUGAGAUGAAGAGAUUCCACAGUGACAUUCUGACAAGACGUUCCAAGAUGCAAGGCCAGGUUGAGGAGAUGAAAGCUUUAUAAACCUUUGACAUGAAAAAGGAGGAAGGUGACCAAGUGAUGAAGACGAUAGAGGACCUCUACGAAGCCAUUGCUGAGAGCUUGGAGCAUGUUCUCGGCACCAUGAGGGCGAACGUGCAGGAGAGGGCGGAGCUGUUGUUCCAGCUCUCAGGCAUCGAUGCGUGGCUGGCACAGACGCGUGCACGGAGAGGCCUCCGCGGUUUGGUGACGGUGCCCUCUGUAGCCGGCGUCCAAACGCUGCAGAGUGACCUGCAGAGUCACACCUCCACCGUUGCUGAGGCAGAGAAACGGCUGCGUCUGGUGGAGGACAUGGCAGAGAGCUGCAAGAAGCUCACGGCAGGACUGCGUCCAGGGGAGAGCCGCUACCCUGGUAACAGACUGUCUGGACUCUGGGCAGAGGUGAAUGGAGUGCUGGCGCAUGAGAAAUCAGCCAGCUGGGAGUUGGAGGAGCUGAUUCAUCAGCGAACCACCUCAGAUGUGGAGCUGUGCACCAUCCAGGCGAGCUUAAAGCGAAUUGCCCGUGAUUUGGAGCAGCACAGGUUCUCAUUGAACCAGGAAACAUUUUCAAGACUUGCAUGUUGGAGGCACACGUUUGAUGGAGCAUCAGUGUCAGCCCAAGAGCUGCAGCGCGGCCAGGAAGACAGGUCGCGCUCCUCUGCUUCUCCCAUUGCAGACCGUGCAGGACACAUGCAGAGCUCUCGCUGUCACUGCCUUGGAGAGAGCAAAUAUCAGCACCUGAGGAGGCAAAUGGAGGAAACGAUGGAUAUUGUCUCUGAGCAAAUGGACCGCGCCAAAGAUGAGGCGCUGAGCGUGGAGGAGAGAUUCACACUAUGUCAAACGCUCCUGGUUGAACUUCCUAUGGUGAAGACACAGUGUCAGGCCGCAAGAGACCAGCUGGAGGCCAUCGCUCAGGAGAUGCAACCAUGCGAGCUGCUCUCAGAGAGGCAGAGGAUUAACAGCGCAGUGGGAACGCUGUGCUCCUGGGAGCACUCUGUCACCGAUGACCUCAGGAGCCUGGAGGUCCAAGCUUCUUCCACGACUCCAUCUUUCCUCGGAGCGUGUCCUGCUUUAAUUGAGCUUUCCAGAGAACGAGAGCGGAGGCUGGAGGCGGCCAAACCAGUGAGUCCAGAUCAAAGGGCGCUGGACGGUGCACUGCAGAGGCACUGGGUCAUGUGGAGAAAUAUGGAGAGUGGGACGAGAGUGUUGGAGGCUCUGGCUCAAAGAGAAGACGCUGAUCUGACGAAGGAUGAGGAGUUGUGCUCUCUCAGGGACGCAACAUGCCACAGUGCUGGGAGGGUUUUAUCCCAGGCCCAGGAGUCGGUGAAGGACCUACCUUGUGCUGCUCAGGGAGCUAUGGAGCAGUGCUGCAGCUUCUUGGCCAGGCUUCAGGUGGAGGUGUUGGACUCCUCCAGUGUGAGCUCUCCCAUGAGGAUCCCCAGGAGCUUCUCGCACAGGCAGCGGUGCAUGAGGCUGAGCUGGAGCAGGCAGAGCAGCCGCGCGGCCUCUGUGGAGCAUCUGACUGGAGCACGUCCUGAACAUGUCCGCCUCCCAGCGCUCCACCAGUGCCGGACCUGUUGGCAAAACGCUGACGAAGCUCCGGGGAGAACAUCAGGAGAUGGCCCUGCUCCCCACAGCUUGAAGGAGAGGAACCUGCUGCUGGCAGCUGCAGCCCAGACAGAGGAGAGCGAGAGGCGGCGACUUCAAGAGGAGAUGGGACAGGUGGAGAAUCACAUGGUCAACCUUCUUCUCACACUGGAAACCUGUUCAAAUCCAAGAAAACAACAGGAGCUCAGAAUCGAUUUGUGCUCCCAGAAGGACAGACUGAAGCGUCUCAUUGAGGCCGUGCGGAGCCGCUACGCUGUGGUUCCAGCUGAAAUCAGCAGAAGACUACAAGAAGUGGAGCUGUCUCAGCAAAGAGCCGAAGAGAAGCUUGACGUGAGCAGCAGCCUGGUCCACAAACUGGCAGGACGAGUGAUGGAGUUGGUCUCUGGCCUUGAAAAUGUGAAAGGGCUCCUCGAGCAGAGGAGUCCGACGGUCAGCGCAGCCCAAAGCGUGCUGAAGUGUGUGUGGGACGAGCUGGACGCGUGGCACAGCCGCCUGAUGCUGCUGGAGAGCGAGGUGCAGGAUCUCUCAGAGGAGCAGCCGGAUCAGGCUCUGCUCCUCAUGGACCAGCUGACGCAGCCGCUGCAGCUCUACCAGAACACGGCCCAGAUGGCCGAGCAGCGCACCUCCUUCCUCAGCAAGAUUCCUGCCUGUCUUCAGGAGUUUGAGGACAUUUUGUACAGCGCCACCUGCUGGUUAGAUGAAGCUCAGUCAUGGCUCAACACUCACUGUACAUUCACAACAGCCAGGAGUCUCCAGAACCACGCAAACUCUCUACAGCUGGUUCUGGAUGACUCUGAGAGGAUCAGGUCAACCAUGCGCGGCUUCAGGUCGGUGUUGGCUGAGAUCUCUGCCGUGUGUGACAUCAGCACCAACGAGGAGCGACUGGAGCAAAAUGACCAGCAAGUCCACAGAAUGCAGUGCAGCAUCCUAGAGCCGCUGGAGCAGCUCCUGCAGGCUGCUGAGGUGGUGGAGGCUGUGGAAGCAGAGCUGAAGACCAUGGAGAAAAAUAUCCCAAAGAUCAGAGCAAUUUUAUCCUCGAUGGAAAACUCAGCCAUAGCCCUGACAGAGCACAGGCAGAGAACCGACAGGUGGUCCUGGCCAACGUGCAAGUCCUCUCUGGCAGCGUUGGACACACGACUGAUUCCCACAAGACCUGUUACUCCCUUCGCGGCCGCUGCAUCAGUUGAGCUCAUCGAGGGAGGAGAUGAAGAGCGAUCCACAGCUCCUGAUAAUGACAUAGUGAUGGUGAAGGAGCAACUUGAAGCAUGCACCAGUUGUAGUAGACUGGAAGAAUCCCAAACAGAGUCCUCCAAUGUGAGCGCCGCGGGUCCUCGUUCAGCAGAGAGCGCGUACGAGGCUGUUCGGGGGCUUCUGCUCUGUCUGGACUCCGUGACCGACUUUGUCUCGGCUCCUCGUGCCGCUGGGGAAGAAGAUCGUGAGCUGAAGCUGCUGCAGCAGGAGUGUGUCCUCAAUGACCUGGCGUCUCUGUGGGAGCUGCUGCUGAAAACUGAAGCGGAGCUGCUGAGGGAGGGUGCAGACGCCGUCCACUGCGGGACCUGCCUCCAGGAUUGUCUUGCACCGCGCAGCUGCUCGUCUCCUCGUCCUACGGCCAGAAACACCACAGUCUCACAGAGAGUGGAUUCUUCUUCUCAGGGGUUCCUCUCAGGGGUUUUCCUUCAACCAGCUGUGUAUUUUGGAAUCUUCCCAAGUCCAAAGUUUGCCCCAAGUCCAGAGCAGUGCGUCCUGGGCCGACAUCUGAGAGAUCGACCAGGGGAAAACGCCAGACUACAGCGAGCUUCCUGGUCCUUGCUUCAGGGGAUAAUUCGUCUCCUGGACCUGGGUGAAGAAUGCAAAACAGUGCAGAUGAGCCAGGUUCACAACCUCGGCCAACAUCAAGCCAGUCUCUGUGGACACAAGAAGCUGCUGCAGGUCCUGGGAUCUCAGCUGGCUUUUGUUCAGCAUCUGUUCCAGCGUGAGCCAGAAGCGCUCAAGUGUCAGGAGGCUGAUCGGGUACAGCUGGAAGUCAGGGCCAGAGCACUGCAGCAACGGGCUCUGGAGCAGGAAGUGGCUUUUCAAACAAGCCUCCAGGAGUGGAGCCGGUGGGAGGAUAAUUGUGGUCAACUGGGUAGGAUGCUGGAUGAGUUGGAAGCCUUCAUCAGCAAUGGGGAACCAGAGCGAGACGAUGAGGAAUGUAUGAGCCAGCACAUGCUGGACAGCUGCCAGCAAACACUGGUGCAGCUGGAUGAGAGAGCUGCUGUAGGACGGUUCCAGGAUCAGAGGAGGGCGACGCUGCUGCAGACGGGGCCGCUCAGCUGGGCAGGAGGUGCUCUGGAGCUGCGAUGGAGGAGCGUCUGCAGACGCACGGAGCAGGAGGUUCAGCGCUGCAAAGACCUGCAGGACGGCUGGAGCAGAUUCCAGACAGACUUUGGCUCGGUCAGCGGGCGGCUGGUCGGUGCCAACAAACGCUUGAAGCCUUUGUCCGACCUGGCAAACGCCGUGGACCUGAAGCAGCAGUGCAUUCACAGCCUCCUGAUCCAGCUGCUGGAUUUCUCCAUGGAGGUGGAGGCCAUGUCGCUGCAGAAGGCACGUGUUUGCAGGGAAGGCACGAAGCUCAUCCACCUGAGGGAACUUGACAGUCCCAGGCUGAGGGCUCAGCUCGCUCAGCUCGAUGUCAGCUGGAGCCGCCUGACCUCCGACCUGUCCAAGAUGCAGGAGCGGCUGCAGCAGCGUCUGGUGGCAGAAUGGCCUCCGGUGCAGCUGCUGUCCGACCUGGACGACUGGCUGAAGAAACUAAAGGCUCAGCUGAACACGGAGAAAGACACGGCGCUGAGGGCUGAAGACGCUGCUCACGUCCAUGAAGCCCUGCAGCACCUCAAGGAGUUAAAGGCAGGAGUCGUCAGUGGGCAGACGCUUCUUGACUUUCUCUCCCAGUCUGGGCCUCAGGUGCUGGGAGCAGAAGUCCAGACUCUUCGGUCUGAGCGUACGUUGUUUGCAGAGACACUCGGCGCCCUUAAACUCCAGUGGAUGGAGGUUGAAGAGGCUGUCGAGACCCAGAUUUGCAGGGUUGAACGGAUGCAUCGCGUUUGUGCCGACCGCGAGAGGCGACUGACGCAGCUCCGUGGUUUGAUAGAACAGCAGAAAGCGCGGCUGAAUGACCUGAAGCAACUCUCCAGUCAAACUCAGCUCCGUGAGGCACUGGAGGAGUGGGAGGCGCUGGAGGGCAGAGUACAGGAAGUGGCUGCAGCUCUGCAGGAGCUAAAAACCACACGGGUGGAAGUUGACCAGGAAGAGCUGCGUCCAUGUGACGCUGCUGUGUGUGUCCAGGCAGACGCUGCUAUUAAUGCAUGCAGGGAUCAUUGUCAGCAGAUGGAAUCUCUGAGGCCAGGCCUUGAGCAGACUCUAGGAGCCUGGACUCGAUACGACAGAGACCUGAGGGAGGUUUGCCUGCGCUGCACUAGAGUGCGCUGUGAACUGCAGCAUCAGCGAGCGCCUCUUCUCUCAGCAGCGCAGACACAAGGACGCGUGCUCCGGCUGCAGCAACUCGAGGAAGAGACAGGAAAGGACGCGGAGCUCUGGGCAACGGUGAAGGAAUGGUACCAGGGUCUGGAGAAGAGCCUUCACUGUGGAGCAGCACAGGCGCUCAGCGAUCAGAUGGGAAGAGAGCGCAGACGGUGGGAGGACGUCGUGCAGGAGGUCAAGGACGAGCUCACGCAGACGGCGCGGACGCUGUCGCUCUGGCAGGAAUACAGCCGGCUCUCAGAGACCUGCUCGCUUCACCUGCAGAGGCUGUGGCAUCGGUGGGAGGAUGUGUCCAGUGAACGCAGCACGCAGGCCUCGCUCCAGUCAGUGGAGAAUUUGCAGGGUGCUGCUGAGGUGUUGCAGAGAAAUUUGGGAGAUGUGCUGGCAGCGUCCGAGCCACUUAUUGAUCAGUUAGAGCCGCUGGCGUCACGUGUGAUCCAGUCAGACACCAGGUGUGUGUCACACGAUGUUCUGCUGCUCAACCGGACGAUUUCAGCCAAGAAGGAGAGUCUGCAGGAGAAUUUGGUGAAACAGAAACUCUUGGCUUCUCGUCUGGAAGCUCUGGACGAGCAGAUGCAGAGCAUGAAGCUUCAAAUGGAGGCUGGCUUCACAGACACGGACUCUGUGCAGCAGCUCCUCUUGGAGCUCAGGGGCCUGUUUUUGUCCCUGCUUGACGUCAGGGACAUGAGUGGAUAUGUGACCCUUAACAACCGAGACACAGACAGAAUGCAGAGGCUCUGCAGGGAGUGGGCUGAAAGCAUGACGCGCACAUGUGACAUGCACCGGGCACUUCUGGCUGAGAGUCUGAUUUCCCAAAGCAUUGAGGAGAAGCGUGAGAACCUGGCGUCUCUACGGGAGAAGCUGGACCGAGCGCUGUCCACCAGCGCUCCCAGUUGCUCCAGACUGGCAGAGAUGCUUUCUGCCCAGCAGACACUUCAGGCUGAAGUAAUUACUGGGAACGAACUUCUGCAAAGUCUCCUUUGUGACACGGUGUCACUGAUGGAAAAGGAAACUGGAGAGAAAAGAUCUGAGCUGGUGGCACAGGUGUCCAGUGUGAAGCGGAGCUGGUUCCACACCGUGGCUCAGGCCGACCAGUGCAGAGCGGUGCUGAAGGAGCAGCUGGCCUGUGGUGGAGCUUCCGCCACGGCCCGCGUGGAGGAGGCUCUGCGGCUGCACGGCUCCGUCUACGCCCACACCGUGGAAGCUGCCAGGCGUCUGCACCAAACCGUGGCGGAGCCGGAGAGUCGCAGCCAACUGCAGUCAGAGCGUGGGGCCAUAAAGGAGGCCUGGGAAUGCAGCGCCUCGCUGCUGGAGAGAAGAAGAGCCGCUGCCAGCGCCGCGCUCCAAAAGUGGUCCCAGUGUCAGGAGGGAAUCAGCAGCGUCGUGUCAGAGCUGGAUGAGCUGAAGACCAGGCUGCAGCACCCGGCGUCGGGGGAAGACGCUUUUAUUCAGGAGACCGAGCUCUUCCUGCAGCGUCUCAACACCGGGCUGAGGGACCUGGACACCAUGAAGGCGGACCUGUCCCAGUGUGUGGCGGCCGGCGACUCGGCUCUGCUGGAGCAGCAGCUGGAGCAACUGCACAGUCAGUGGGAAGAGCUGUGCAUGAAGGUGUCCUUGCGCAGGCAGGAGAUCGCAGACCGCCUCAACGCCUGGACCAUCUUCAACGGCAAAAACAAGGAGUUGUGUGAGUGGUUGACGCAGAUGGAGAAGAAGGUUCACCACGGCGGAGACCAGAUCGAGGAAAUGGUGGAGAAGCUGAAGAAGGACUGCAUGGAGGAAAUCAACCUGUUCAGCGAGAACAAGAGGCACCUGAAGCAUCUGGGAGAGCAGCUGCUGUCGGCCAGCGACGAGGCCAAGCAGACGCAGGUCCACGGGUCGCUGCAGGAGAUCAGCCAGCGCUGGCACAGCCUCUUCCACCACAUCGAGGCCAGGGUGAAGAAGCUGAAGGAGACUCUGGUGACUGUGCAGCAGCUGGAUAAGAACAUGGGUUCCCUCCGCCUGUGGCUUUCACGUAUGGAAGCGGAGCUGUCCCGACCGAUCACCUACAGUGUCUGUCACCACCAGGAGAUCCAGAGGAGGCUGGCUGAGCAGCAGGAGCUGCAGAAGGACAUCGAGCAGCACACGGAGGGCGUCGCCUCAGUGCUCAGUCUGUGCGACGUUUUACUGCGGGACGAAGACGUGUCCGGAGGCUCCGAGGUGGAGAGCGACUCCCUGCAGGAGACCAGCCGCAGCCUGGACCAGCGCUGGAGAACCAUCUGCGCUCUGGCUGUGGACCGGAGGCUACGGAUCGAGGAGACUUGGAGACUCUGGUGCAAGUUCCUCGAAGACUAUUCCCGCUUUGAGGAUUGGCUGAAAACGGCCGAGCGGACGGCUGCCAACCCCAACUCUGCAGACGUCCUUUACACCGCGGCCAAGGAGGAGCUCAAGAAGUUUGAGAGCUUCCAGAGGCAGGUUCAUGAGCGUCUGACCCAGCUGGAGCUGGUUAAUAACCAGUACCGCCGUCUGGCCCGGGAGAACCGCACCGACCGAGCCAGCCAGCUGAAAGCCAUGGUCCACGAAGGCAACAGGCGCUGGGACGCGCUGCACCGCAGAGUGGCUGCCGUUCUCCGGAGACUUAAGCAUUUCACCAGCCAGAGGGAGGAAUUUGAAGGCACCAGGGAGAACAUGCUGGUGUGGCUGACCGAGCUGGACCUGCAGCUCACCAACGUCGAACACUUUUCUGAGAGCGACGUCCACCACAAGAUGCAGCAGCUCAACAGCUUCCAGAAGGAGAUCACGCUGAACACGGAGCGCAUCGACGGGCUGAUCGUGUUUGGAGAGAGCCUGAUCCAGAAGAGCUCCCCACAGGACGCGGCGCUGAUCGAGGACGAGCUGGAGGAGCUGCACUCGUACUGUCAGGAGGUCUUCAGCCGCCUGGUCCGGUUCCACCAGCGCCUCAGCCAGCCCCCGAUGAGAGAACCAGAGCUCCCCACCAGCGCGGGUUCCCUGGAGUCCAGCUUGGAGCUGAUCUGCCGGCCGUGGCUCGGACGCAGCCUCCCAGCGACACCCACCCACCUGCUGAGCUCCCCGCUGGAGCGCUCGGGGCGGGAGACGCCGCUGAGCGUGGACUCCCUGGCUCUGGAAUGGGACCCCAGCGGAGAUGUGGGAGGGUCGACAUCCCACGAGGAGGAGGAAGAUGAUGACGAGGAGGAAGAUGCCCUGUCAGUUUCCAGUCAAAUCAAAGUCAUGCAUGAUUCUCCAACAUGGUCGUCACCAGCAGAAGCAGAACGUGUGCAGCUGGACCCAGAGGAACCCGGCGAGGCUGCGUCCACCCUCAGCAGCACUCCUCUGAAGCAGGGCUAUCUACAUCUCAUGUCUCAGUGCAGCGGAAGCAUCGAGAACAUCAAACGGGUGUCGUUGAUCCUGGAUGAUGAGGAUCAGCCGGAGGAGCUCGGUCUGACUGGACUGACGGCCUCAGACAAACAGUCAGGUGUGAUUGAGCGCUGGGAGCUGCUCCGCGCUCGGCCCAGGACCGACGGAGCGGCCGGACCUCAGCAGCUCGCGUCUGACCUCACUGACAUCACGCUGUGGCUGGACGACGUGAUCUCCAAGCUCCACUGUCUCCAGCGCUCGGAUCCAGAAAUUAGUAUCGAGCACAUGGAGGCAAAAGCCAAGGAACUGAAGGAGAUGCAGAAGAUGUUUACUCACUACAAGUCCGUCAUGCUGUCCGUCAACCUGCGAGGGCAGGUGGAUCCAGAAGUCCAGCAGAAACUUGGGCAAAUGAACCGAGACUGGAGCCGAGCGUGUACGAGCCUGCAGCAGUGGGACACCAGUCUGAGGAGGAGGCUGAUGCAAUGCCAGGACUUCCAUGAAACCCUCCACUCUCUGCUGCUGUGGCUGGCCCACGCCGAGAGCAGACGCUACACGGUGGACAUCAGGGAUCCGGAGGUGGCCGUCAGCGCCCUGCAGCAUCAUCACCACACUCUCACUGAUCUGCAGGAGGAGCUGCGGUGCCGACGAGCCCAGCAGGCCUCCCUCCAGGCGCUGUGGUCCCAGCUGCAGCCCAGGGACGCGACGGAGGAGAGCGACGACGCCCAGGAGAAGCUCCACGUGACGGGGAGGAAGCUGAAGCUGCUGCUGGAGGAGGUGGUGGAGGACCUCGGCAAACUGCAGCGGCGUCUGGAAUGUGAAGGCGUCUCAGACGUCCGAGCCCAAAGACCGUCCAGUGAUUCUCCUACGGAGGCGGAACAUUCAAGGAACCGAUCCUCUGCUCUGAGUGGGUUCUUCUCAGCUCAGAAGGACUGUCCUGAUUGGCUGAACUGCCUUGCGUCCCACAGAGAGAGGCGGGCGUCGCCCCCCCACCGCUCCUUCUUCUCCCGUGUCUUCCGCGCCGCCUUCCCCCUCCACCUGCUGCUGCUGCUCCUGCUGCUGCUGCCGUGUCUCGUCCCUCUGGCGGAGAGCGACCCCGGCUGCACCGUGACCAACAACUUCGCCAGGUCUUUCUACCCCAUGCUGCACUACACCAACGGCCCCCCGCCAACGUGAGGGUCACCGCUGAGAGCACGUUCAAAUGCCCAUUUCACAUGGAAGUAGGUUACUUCACUUAGUCAGGCUGUUCCGCCCGUUAGACUGUUUAACACACGAUCAACGGUUUUGAUUGCUGUAAUGUACUAGAAUCCUUAUUUAUAACAGAAACAUGUGGAUUUAUCCUGAUUCCUAGUGGUAAACACAUUAAGAAGUUAAUUUUCUGAAAGUACCUUUUUAAUAAAAUCCGCACUGAAACAAA